UAAAAGUUUAUUUAUAUUUUGUGUUUGUUUUGUGAAAAGAAUAAAAAAGCGCCGAGAAAUGAAAAAUAAAUGUUAAGUACUAUGUUCAAAAGCAGCAGAAACAGAACCAAGCGCGCCAAUUCGAGAGCGAAAUUGUUGACAGUUAUCUGUGAAAUUUUGUAGUAAAGUUCAAGAUACUCAGAAAUUUUGAAACUUUGUUCAUUAACCCCCCUAAUUUGUUAUAUUUUGUGCGGUGUGAUCUUUGUUUUAACACAAACGACGGUUCCUAUAUCAAUGAACGGUCUAAUCUACUUUCAUAUAUAACAUAGAAGUGGACAUUUGACUUAUUUCAUACAAACCAUCGAAAUCAUUUGAUAAUUCGUUCCACGCAAGCGUCAUGAAGGCACUGGCAGAAGGGAAUGUGGCGACUCCAGUAGAUGAAUUGAGGCUGUGCUGCGUACUAGGAUAGGUGAAACCACUGUGGCGGAGAGUAUGAUUCGUCUUGGUACUAGCGGUUGCCCACAGGGAGGAGUUCUAUCCCCUCUACUAUGCAGCCUAGUAGUAAAUGAGAUCUUUGAGAUGGGAUUCGGUGCAGGGGUACGCUGAUGACAUUGUCAUAAUGACACGAGAAUUUACUUGACUACAGCGCGUGCCAUAUUACUAUGUCUAAAAGCUCAACAUUCUGCCUACUGUUACAAAUCUUAAUAAUGUGCUGUGUAUAUGGAGGAAACAGAGCGGCUGAUGACGACAAUGCCUUCACACUAGUUCUUGGCAGCGAGUCAACACUGCAAAGCUUGGAGAAAGAAGUCAGCGAUGCUAAAGCAACGCUCACAGAUGUCAUAAACAGUUCCAGCCAACUACUCGAAGAUUAUAAUGCCUUGGUUGAAGAUUUUGAAAAGCUAGAAACUGCGCUGGGCAAGCAAAAUGACAUUGUGUCGAGUAAACUGAGAACAUUUAUUGAGGAUAACAUUGCAGUACAGAGCACGGAGCUGCUGCAAGAGCUGACAGCUGAUCAAAAAUGGCUGCAAGAGAUGAUGAGCGCGCAACAGCGUUCGUUUAUCGCAGAGUUGCAAACGAGCGAAGGGAAACUGCUUGCUGAAAUCAAACAAAAUACAACACCCAAUGAAGUGUGGACUCAUUAAUGGCGCCAUUUUUUCGUAGCUGAGCUGCAAAUGAACACUGCGAAACGUUUAAAAUUUCCUUUUAGUUGUUUAGUCAAGUAAUAAAAUAAGAGAGUAAACUAUACUUAUUUAGAAAUAAAUGUGCUUCCGA